AGAUCCGAGAUGCUCCUAAAGGUGACACCAGCUCCCAGGCAGACAACGCAAAGCUGAGUGCUUUGCAGAAAAAACUGGACAUUGAGCUGAAGGUGAAGCAGGGAGCAGAGAAUCUGGUUAAAGCAUAUUCCAAUGAUCCUCCCAAAGUAAGUCGGAUACAUUGAAAUUGAGUUUAAUAAAAAAUAAUAUAUAGAUUUUUUUUUAAAUUGUUGGGGGAUGGGCAACACCCGAAACCCCCUUACACCUUUUACAUUACGUGCCUUUUACACCCUGACAGAGAGGUGAUACAAAUUACCAGCUAGAAUUCCAAGAGUUUCCCGAUAUCUCUCACAGUGAAAUAGUUGAAGGCAUGGGCUUUUUUAAAUCAACCGUGAAACAUUUUUAUAAAUUCUAAGUAGAAAGAAUGCAUGCUUUUUAUUGUUUUAUUUUCUGAUUUUAAAGAUUCUCCUUCCAUGAUGUGUGUCUAUAAUUCAGUCUGCCUGCAAAGAAGCACUGUAGUGUGCCUAGUGCCCGAUACCCCAGAUGCAAGCAUUCCGCUGCUGUAUUUUGUGCCAUAAAGGCUCUCGUAUACUGAAAGGGAAACAAAAUGAACUGGAUUUAUAGUCCCUGCAUGUUAUAUACAAGGAUUGCCUGACAUAAUCAUAUUUUAAUAUCUGGGUGAAAAUCAUUGUUUGAGGUCAAUGAGAAUCAAACAUAGUCCAUGUGUAUCCUGGGCUGUGAGUAGUUAGAGUUUAUUUCCUAGAAUGAGGUUAAUUAAUCCUAUAUCUCUUCAUACAGUUUAAUCAGCUAUCUGACUAUUCUUAUUACUGUUACAGAAUGCCAAACAUAUUGCUGCUGUCCAGAAAAAACUUAAAGGCAGUGAGAAAAAAAUAGCCAGUUUGCGCAGUCGAAUCCAGUCUCUUAUAAAAGGUAAACGUUCUGUCCUCGUAUGCAGUUUGAAAGAAUAUUAAUAGGUAACAAUGAACACGUAUUUUAUAUUUUUGUGAGUUUUAGUUUUUAAUGUUUGGCUGUUUUACUGUGCCAUGAGAUAUUCUGGGUGCCAACUGUUUUUAUAUAUGAUGAUCCAUAAGACACCUGUGGAGGUACAGAGUCCAUGGAUGUGACUACUCUUUAAAGAAACAAUCCAAGCACAAUAGCCACUGCAGAUCAUUAUUGUUAUGGUGUCAGGAGUGCCCUGCAGCUCCAUUGUAAGGAGUCUAAUUGUUUUUCAAUGGCUCAGGGCUUAGAUCAGGAGAGCUAAGAGAAGUCCGUCUGCCCGGCUCUCCAACAUUAGUAGUGUACGCACAGAGCUGCACCUGGGAAGAAAGCAAACUGUUCAAAAGCACAUUGACGUCUAAUAAUGUGUUUCCAGGGCAGUACUUACACCAUAACCACUACAGCGAGCUUAAAUUCUCUUACAAGGAGGUAUUAGAAAGCUGUACGUAUCCCAUAAACCUCUACACUCCAAGGCUUUAUGAGGAAAUGUACAGCUUUUUCCAAUUGCAUCGCCUUUGCACUUCCUCUUAGAAGUGGGAGGUAAAGGGAGUAAUGAGAAGGUGCAAACAAAUGUUAUAUUAUUUCAUAAAAUGCUUGGAUAUAGUGUUUUUUUUAUUUUAUUCUCUGCAUUGAGUUUAAAAUUAUUGGAGUAUUAUUGAUCACUGUGUAUAAUACAUAAUACUUACACUAUAUUAUAUUGCAACCUUUACAGAACAACCAUCGUUACCAGCUCCGGAGACGGACGUUAAUACUGUUGCUCCUUCGCUGUUGGUGACGGACACACAGGAGCCAGAGCCGGCUGGGUAUUCACUUUACAUCUUUCUCAUCAAUGUUGUUCGGACCUGAAUCCAUCCCAGUUUACACCACCAUACCUGCUCAUUAUCUAUACGUCUAUUGUAUGUUUGUCUACGGCUGUCAAUAGAUUUCUCAGCAUGCUUAUCAAUCACAGAUACAUUUUAUAAGGCUGCCUACAGCUUGCAUGCUUGUGUCGCCAGAUCUCCUUAUCUUUGCAGGACUCCUGUGAAUUCUGCAUUCUGCCAGGCAGGGUGUGAGAGUGCUUUGGAUGUCACACAGGAAGCACAGAAUGUAGAAUUCUAUACGGUGCAAAGACAUAGAAAUCGGCAACUCUAGUUAGAAGUAUUCUUGGGGUGUCCUUUAAAUAAUGUCAUGUAUAUAGCAGCAUUAUUGUCUAAGAUAUAAUGAGUAUAGUGAUAUGACAACCAGAUAAACUAUUCUUUUCUUCCUUCUCGUAGCAAUUUUCCAAUCUUACCUUUAAAACCAAUUACCCUACCGGAUGUGGAACAUGACUUUGAGACACCUAGUCAAACAAUUUUAGAUGACAUUCAGCAUGAAAUUUCAGCUUAUAUUAAGAUCCAGAAUAUACUGGCCCAGGUAAAGCUCUAAGAUGUGCAGGUUGGUCUCUGACUAACAGUCGCUUUCACAAACUUUUAAUAAUAUGGUAAUUUAACAAAAUCCUCUGCAAAAUACUAAUAAAUGUGACAUAGAUCCCCUUAAGUGUUAAUGCAGUAAGGCAAGUAUUUGGUUUCCUUAAGGCUGAUUAUAUUGUUAUAUAAAGCAUACAUAGAGAGAAAUAUAUGCAAAUACAUUGUAGUAAGUUUUAAGUAUUAAAUCGUUCUCGAAUGUCUAACAUUAAAGAUGUGUCUCCAAGCGCCGUCUCUCCCUCUCCUCUCCUGCCCGGACUAACACGGGAACAUUAGCGCAAGUAGUGAAGAGCCGGCAGUGACUGGAUUAGAACGUCAGCUAACACUCUAAGCCCAUCGUGAGCAAAGGAUAGAAAUGUACUUACAUUAGAUAACAAUGGGCAGCCGACUCAGCCAAUCACUGAAGCCUCCUCACUGCUCGCACAACUUCUUCUAGCCUGAGCUGAAGAGACAGAGAUUGGAGUCACAUCUUUAGUGUUAAAUUGGUCAAGAACAGGUUAACAGUUACAUGUAAGACGGUGCUUGGGCCUCCAGGCACCAUAACAACGUCAGUGUAAUAAUAACAUGCUACACAAACUUAAGCCCGUGGAAUCAAACUCCCACUACUCUUGGGCGGCAGCAGUGACUAUAGUAUUCAUCAACCCAAAUACAAAAUUAAAAAGUUAUCUGCAUGCUAUCCUAACCCUAUGUACUUUAAAUGAUGAUGAUUUCAGUAUCACUCUAAUGGCCAUUAAACUGUAAGCUCACCUGCCACGGCAAGGCAAACCUAUUAGAUGAGUCCUACACAAGUUGUUAUGGUACCUGGAAUGUUCCUUUAAGUAGACUCAUUUCCUGUAUUCUAGUUUGUUUGUAGCAGUUUAAAAAGUAUCGCUGGCCCCUGUGGCAGCAACCAGGGGAUAGACUGUAAAAGCUUUUGGUUUGCUUGAGCAUUUUUCUUGCAAAGUGCCUUUUGUUUUCUAAUUGAUUUUGUUUCUGCUUUUUCAGCUCGCCAGAGGUCAGAUACCUGAUGCUGUUGACCUGAAAGUAGAUCAACUUCCAGGUACAUUAAAACACUGUGUGUGAUUGCUGUGUAUAUAUGUAAGUGUUUAUCUAUCCAUCUCCAUGGAGACUGAACCAGUUCUAGCAUUUUAUAAAAGCUCUCUGUAUUUUGUAACUUGGUGUAAUAUCCUCUCACAGUCUGGUAAGAGCGACAUGUUGUAUUCCAGUUGGUGUUACAUUCUCUGUACCGCUGCCUUAUUACAUGUCCCUUAUCCCUUCUCCCUAUUUGGGAAGCAAUGUAGCAGUUCCCCUAGCAAGAUGUCCCUUCUCCUCUGACACCAUGAUGGCAGCUUCAUUGCCGGCACAUCGCAGAGAGAACGGAGAGACCCAAACUGUCAUAUGACUGUUACUCUCUCCAUAAUUAGUGCUUCAUUCUGCUAUUCUGGCAUUCAGUCGUGCCAGAGUUAUAGCUUAGAGCUCUCAUGGGCUAUACUGUAUUGGACAGUCCGCAGUUUGCUCUUUAAUCAAUAAACUUAUAUAUAUUUUAGUAACACAAACAGAAGAUAUGAGAACACUGAGAAUAGGCAACGCUUAAUAGCUCAUCCUUGAGUUAGCCAUCGUUUAGGUCUGAGAAGAUUCAUUACAGAGAGGACCAUGGACCCUUGUAUAUACAGCCGAUCCCACCCACAAGAGGAAUCCAGAUCACAAAUGCCCACUCUAGAAGAUUCUCUAGGGUUGCUGUAUGUCUCGUGCAGACUACCUCAGGUUCUCUCUGUAAUGGUACAAGUGAUGUAAAACCUGUAUGAUACCUGAACGUGCACCCACCAAAGAGCAAGCUAACUGAGCUGGUUCCCAUUCUUUGGACCCACUAUUCUCAUAAACUCUUGAUUAUGGCUUAUAGUUAAAUGCUAACUCAAACAAUCAUCAUAACAGCUAUAGCCCUAUGUAAUGGUUAUGAUGCUAGGAGUACCUUGGCCCAGUUAAUAAGUAAUUGGGCAAACAGUUUUGUAAUGAUUUGCCCUCUUACCAGGGUUCUACCAGGCGCAGAGCUGCAGAAGCCGUACGUCAAUACCACCAGUCAUUCAGUGACUGAGAACGUCAAAUGAGCUCUCUCAGCCAAUGAAUAACCCUCUGUGCAGUGGUGUAAACACAAUCCAUGGGGCCUCAGUGCGAAACUGAUCCAAGGGACCCCCCUCUCCCUCUCACAUCCCCCCCGUCUGACACACACACACAUACAUACAGACACACAUACAUACGGACACACACAGACACAUACAGGCAGACACACACAUACAUACAGACAGACAUACACACAGACACACUUACAUACAUAGAGACACACACACAUAGACACAUACAGACAGAUACAUACACACAGACAGACACACACUAACACAUGCAUACAAACAAACACACACACAUAUACAAAAUGUUUAAGUCACCCUCCUGUUUCCUAUCUUUUAGGUGCAGGAGGGUGACUUUCCCUGGGGUCCAGUGGUGGCUCAGGUUGAUGGGAGUCAGAGUUCCCACUCUGACUCCCUCUCCUUCCUCCCUCGCGGCUCUCUGAUAGCUAGGAGGAGUGGCAGGGGCAGUCACUUCCUCCCAGCAGUGAUCUCAUCAUGGGGGCCCGGUCGUGCUGUUAAAGCGCCGCAGCGCUGACUGGGCCCCCUGGAAAUCCAUACUCAUCGGCUGUCCCUAACAGCAUGGGCCACUCGAUGGGCCCCUUGAACGCGCGACCCUGGCGGUUUGCUGCGCGGGCCGGGGCCGCACAACAUGGCCGCUGGUACCCCGUCACAGGGGUCCGCAGGACCCCUGCGACACCUAUAUGUACGCCACUGCCUCUGUGCAUGGAAUAUGCUCAGAAUUGACAUUAUCCGGCUCCUAACUCUCGUUCCAGACUGGCUAAUGACACUUGUCUAAAUAUCUUCUGUAUGCUCAGACUCCAAGCACCAUAACCACUUCAGAUCACUGAAGUGGUCAUGGUGCUUCGAGGAACCUUUUGAUAUUUAGAUUUCUAUUAAAUUAGAUUGUUAGAUUGUUUCCUGAAGACAAUGUACAGGAUAUACAAUGUUAACAUUUCUGCCACGUUAGAUCGCAGAUUUAAUAUUUUCGGGAAGGUAGUUCCCCUUAUGCAUAUUUCCAGACAUUUGUAAUUCAUUUCUCCUAAUCCCCAUACCACCUUGUGUGUCUCCCCAUACAGGGGUACGGCCUCAUACCCAUAAUCCACUACUGUCUGAUACCAGAAUAUAUCUGGAGUUUUAGCCAAUCUUAAUGUUCCCAUUAUUUAUAAUGACAAUGCUGAGCAUAUCCCAUAAACUCAGAAGGUGUGUAUAGUUCAGCACUUGGCAGUAGUUUCAUUCAGUAAAAGUCAAACUGUUUCUUGAGCUACGUUCUCGUCAUGUUUUUAAAUGGAUGGAGCUAGUGGUUGCCACUCGUGUAAACAUAACAAAUGUUCUCCCCAUGAAAUCUGUAAAAGACGUCAGAUGUCGGAGAAAGUACUAUAACCGGGCAGAUUGUCGCUGCUUUUCUCUAAAUAUUGUGGAUAUAAGAAUCAGAAAAAGAAAAGUACAGAAAAAGUAGCUUCUCACAACGAAAUAUCUGGAAGGUCACGGGUUAUUAUAAUACAUGUGUGUAGGUAGUGGUAACAAUGUGGUGUGACCCAUUAUCCCCACCAACCCGUUUCCCCCCCCUCCCCAAUUAAGACCAAGAAACAUAAUUGUGGUAUAAACAGGCCACAGCUUUAUUUAUAAAUUAACAAGCAUAUAUAUAUAAACCAACCAUAACUAGCCUUUAUAGAUAUGAGCAUGAUAUAACUCAAACUCGUCCUUGCCAACCAGACCAUAACCCCUCUGGAGUACCCCCCCAGGGCACCUGCCCUCCCCCCUCGUCCAAAAUACCUGGCCUUCAACUUGGCCUUCCAAUUCCACAUGCCAACCCCUGGCCGCCUUUCCUGGCAUGGAGGGCACGCCCAAAUACCCAAACAUUUCCCGAGGUUAGGGGAGGGACCAGACCCAGCAUUCCUUCUUCCACUGUACUCCUUUUUCCAACUGGUUCGGCAAAGGACCAUACCCGCCGCCUGUGACAAGAAAAAUAAAUUAAUAACAAGCAAUAAGAUAACAAGGUUAACAAAUUUAAACCUAUUUAGUUGAGAAAAACGUCGCCUGAGAGGGGAUAUGAUAACAUUAUACAAAUGUAUUCGGGGCCAAUGCAAACCAUUGUGUGGAAAUCUAUUCACAAACCGGACUUUACAUAGGACACGAGGCCAUGCGUUUAGACUGGAAGAAAGAAGAUUUUGUGUAAGGCAAAGGAAAGGUUUUUUUUACUGUAAGAACAAUCAGGAUGUGGAAUUCUCUGCCUGAAGAAGUGGUUUUAUCAGAGUCCAUACAGAUGUUCAAACAGCUACUAGAUGCAUACUUACAAAAACAGAAUAUUCAAGGAUAUAAUCUUUCAAUGUAGGGUAAUAACUGCUUGAUCCAAGGAUAAAUCUGACUGCCAUUCUGGGGUCAAGAAGGAUUUUUUUUCCUAGCUUGUUGCAAAAUUGUUCUUCAAACUGUUUUUUUUUGCCUUCUUUUCGAUCAACAGCAAAAAACAAAUGUGAGGAAGGCUGAACUUGAUGGACCAAGUCUCUUUUCUGCUAUGUAACUAUGUAACUAUGUAACUAUGUAACAACACAGAACACAGGGAGGGAGGGAGGGAAGUUGUUACAAAAUGUCUGCUAAUUUAUAUGACCCCACCCCACUCCCCCAUCCUUAAUGACACUCCGACUUAUUCCACCUAUACCCACCACACCCACACAUGCCUCUUAUCCGGCUAGCUUUCAGCCCGCCUCCUCCGGGCCUUGAAGUAUUUGUUUAAAUAAAAGUUUAUGUAUUAUGUAGUUUUUCUAACCUUGAUUGAACAAUACUAUAUGUAAAUCACAUAGUGAUCUGUCUUUCUUUUUAAUUUUCAGAGUCUCCAGAGACUCACGACUCUCUCCACACUGUCAGAAGGUCGUCAACUAGUGAUGGGUUCUCCACUGUUGACCUGAACUCUUCUACAAGUGACAUCUCAUUGGAAAGUACUGGUGGGUCAUAGCUGUUAUAACUUGCUUUUUCAUUUUACAAUCAGGUGGAUGUUUUAGAGACUGUAAGACAGGAAAUCAUAACUUUAUGAACAGUUAUUGCACAUAUUAUGAAUAUGAGAUUGUAGACUUUAUUGAGCAACAGAUCAUCCACAUUAUAUAGCGUUAAAACUUGGAGAUUGAAAUAAAUAGUGCAGAGGAAGGCUGUGCCUUGUUAGUUUUACAGAACUAUAAAUGGGUCCCGUGCACAUUUAACAAAUAACUAAAUACAGAGUAUUAAAGGAAUACUACAGGCACUAUAACAACCACAGCUAUAGGAUUUAUGGUGCCCGGAGCAUCCUUUUACCAUCCCAUUGUAAGAUGUUAAACUUUUUUUGUGUGCACCUGUGUUCUGUCGGGAACCUACGGCCACAUCCGCUGCAUUCAAUGUUCUCCAACCAGAGAGAUCCCUAUAAAAUAAAGUAUGACCAUCGAUGGACCAUGUUCAUUGGCCAGAGGGGGCUCAGCUGACAUAUUGAAACUGGAAGGCAUGUACAUGGCGUCUUCCUGUGAUGUCAUCAAGCACGGGGGACUUCUAGCAGCUGGGAUUUUUGUUGUUUACUCUGUAUUUUUCUUUUCUUUCAGUGUUUAUACUUCUUGAUUUAAAGCUGCUCUCUGGGUCUGUGUUAUCUAUAGUGGCAUUACCUCCUCUACUUAAUGUAACUGUCUUAUUUAUUUAUUGAGUGAUACUGUCUGCUGACAUUUCCAAAUGUUGUAUUUUUUCUUGUUACUAAUUUCCAGGAUGUCCAGAGAUCUCAGAUGCUCUUAGAAGUGACACCAGCUCCCAGGCAGACAACGUAAAGCUGAGUGCUUUGCAGAAACAACUGGACAUUGAGCUGAAGGUGAAGCAUGGAGCAGAGAAUCUGGUUAAAGCAUACUCCAAUGAUCCUCCCAAA